UGGCUCUGGGGUAUUUUUAGAACGGAACGAGGGUGCGUUUGGUCCAAGUUCCCCGUUGAUCGUUACUAUUCAAACUUCGAGUCGAUAUUCAAAAGGCAACGUCCACUUCAACGUAAAACAACUUUUUCGCAUCACGAUUUAUCCAUGCCUGUAGCAGGGUGAAUCAGAAUGGGAGACAAGCCGAUUUGGGAACAAAUAGGAUCAAGCUUUGUGCAACAUUACUAUCAGCUGUUUGACACAGACAGGACUCAACUUGGAUCGAUAUAUAUUGAUGCGUCAUGCCUUACGUGGGAGGGUCAGCAAUUCCAGGGAAAAGCGGCGAUUGUCGAAAAGCUUUCUAGCCUGCCCUUCACAAAAAUAGCUCACAGCAUCACAGCACAAGAUCAUCAGCCCACCCCUGAUAGCUGCAUAUUGAGUAUGGUAGUAGGCCAACUAAAAGCAGAUGAUGACCCCAUCAUGGGAUUCCAUCAGAGCUUCAUCUUGAAGAACAUUAAUGAGGCGUGGGUUUGCACCAAUGACAUGUUCCGCCUGGCGCUGCACAAUUUUGGUUAAACGCCCCAUGGCUAGCAGGAAGGAAGUGUGGGAAGGUGGAGGAUGGGGUUCCACUGAACCUGUCAAUCAGCCCUUCAUUCAUCACAACCAAGAGAAACGCCAGCGGAUUACAGCAGUCAAUCACAGAAAACAUGCAGGCAUAUACAGCACUGCCUCUACUCCAGAAAUGACAUGUUUCUUUGCUGAAAGCCAACAUAUCCAUCAAACUGACCCUUUUCCUUCGCCAGCCUGCAUGAUGUUGGGGAGCUUAAAUAUCAGAGGACGCCUUGACCAGGACAAAUACAUAUUAACCUAACCUCAGCUGUUUGAUAUUUACAUUUUAGUUGCUGAUUUUGACUUUGAAAUAACAACCGUCUUACUGUCUUUCUUUGCUUUAAUACAAAGUGUGUUCAGCUCAGUUUUAGAAUAUGCUCAUUGAAGUUGAAUCUCUUUUUGUUUUCGCCUCUCUUGAAAUUUGGUGUGAUGUCAGGUUGCUCUAGCUGUCCAAAGAACACCACAUUAAUUUCCCCUUCCCCUCAGACCAGUGUGCUUCCCACUUUCUGCUCCCUGCUCUCUGUGACAAUAAUUUCCAAGCCAUGAUACACAAUAAAACCUUUGACUUUUUUCUUAACAACGUCAUCAUCUUGUACAUCCCCUGUCUGGUUUUGCGUCUACCCCCCCCCCCCCCCCCCCCUUUUUCUAUGCUUGCCUUUUUGUGUUUUUGAUACUGCCUCAUAUGAGAUUCUCACAAUAAGAUAAUAGAUUUAUUUGAGCAGAGCAGAAAACAAUGAAGCUGUUAUUUCUCUUUUUACAGGUGGCCAGUGUUUCCUGAAGCAGCUGUUUAGACUUAAAAAAAAUAAUGGUAGAACAUUGCUUUUAUUAGCAAGGGAUUACAUGUCAUUAUUUAGCUAAUUUUUUCCUAACCAUAAAAAUAGUAGAAUCAGAAGUGGACAUUCUUGUUAAAAAUAGCAAAAAUCAUAAGCGUCCGCCACUUAUGCCACAUAAAAAAAAAAAAAAGUUUUGCUAAGGUUAAGAAACCGAGUUCGUAUCGAGAGAAAAAACAAAUUCUGGUUUAGGUCUGAAAUUUUAAUUCCCCUGUUUUCCAUUGAUUCAAAUCUUGAAGAUGUGGGAUGUGAUGUUUCAUACGCUUGUAUGAAUGUAAAAGUCAUCGAGUUUGUAGUGUGGCCAAAGCUGUUAUUACCUUCCAUAUUUAGGCUUAUACUUUGACAUUUUCAGUACAAGGAUCACAGACACAAUGCCUGAAACAUGACUAGUUGUGUUGGGUUUCAUUUCCACAAAAUGUUUACACUAAAUGAGUUAUGUUCAUUGUUUAGGAUUAGAAAAUCAUAUUCACAAAAUUUGAAGGCCAUUGUGCCUAGUGAUGGUACGGAUAUUUUAGAAAGAUGUCUUCUGCAUUGUAGCGUUUUGCACUGGAAUAUCUAGACAGAUCUUAAAGUCAGUAUAAUGAGUCACAUUCUUGCAUUAUAUUUUUGCUGGAAUACAUGUAUUGUACACGUACUUCACACUUGCUUGACCCUCCAGAUGUCCACUUUCUCUGUGGUUUAAGGGGAAGAGCAAAAGAAGACUUGAUUUUCCUGACAAAAGCAACAGUGAUACAAUGUGAAUACAGUAAGAAACUACUUCAGCUGCUUACAUGUAUGUGGAAUAAAGGAGAUCAAAGUAAA